AUGGAAGCUAAGAUUUCGGAUGACAAACUGAAAUACUACCAAUUCCCAGGUUACAUCCUGUACAAUCUACCUAAAUACCGGCAAGUUGCAAGUGGAAUUCUAACUGGAGUAAAAGAAGGCCUCACCUCAAACUACCAUCUAAUCAAGAGUAUGGGCUCGACAAAAGACAUAUGUGAAAUAAUCAGAUUAAAUGUUUGGAAAUGUCAAAACCACUUCAAGGUAUAUGCUGUCUAUAAUUCACCCCAGAAUUGUCCCAACUUUGACUUUCUGAACAUCUCACACAAAAAUGUAGUAUUAGAAGACUUCAACGCCCAUUCCAACAUAUGGAGCUACAAAGAUAUAUACAUAGCUGGAAUAGAAAUCGAAGACAUGCUAAACAGCAACCCUCUGGAACUUAUUUACAGCAAUGAGGAUCCGGCUACAUAUUUGCACUACAAUGGAACCAGAGCAACUCCUGACUUGCUACUGGCUUCAAGCGACAUCAGCGAGCCUACACGCCGCAAAAUAAUUGACAAUCCUGGUUUUGGUCACAAACCAUUCAUUGCUAGUAUUACCAUCGGCAGCAAAAGCAUGACAAGGGAAGUGCCAACUAAGCUAUCAUGGAACUUCAAGAGGGCUGACUGGUCUAGAUUCACUAACCUUUUAGACAAUGAACUUCACACAAGUCCCCUCAACUUCAACCAAUAUUCUGACAAACUUUGCAAUGAAAUCACGAAUAUUAUGAUUAGAUGUGCAAAGAAAACUAUUCCCCGAGGCAAGACUAAACACUAUCGAGUGUUUUGGUCUAGACACAUUGAGGAACUGAAAAGAAAGACGUGCAAUCCUGAAGACGACAAUCAGUUGUCCUAA